AUGUUCUCGCAGAGGCCGUGUUAUUUCUCCCAACUAUCCCAUCCGAUUUUGAAGCUCGUUAACAUUUACGACCGCCAGUCGUUUAUACGAGCAUACGUUUUGGACAACUUCUACGUCUGUAUUUUGAUGUACAUUUUGUUCUAUGUAGCGCUGUGGUACGCUAAUAACAUAAUAAAACGAAUUGAAAAAUCAAAUCGGGAGAUGUCAACAACAGUUGCAGAGAAUAAAACGAAAUUAGACAGACUGGUUUCGUUAAAAAACAAAAAAGCGGAAUUCGAAGAAGUAAUCGUAAAAACGACGGAUGCGCAGAAAGUAACUACGAAACAUUUAGAAGAUGAAAUGCACAGGCUUAGUACAGAAUUAAUCUCGACCUCGAAUAAAAUCACCGGAUUAGAAAAAGUUGUUGAAAAAGUAAUGAUCGCGUCUCUCGACGUCUAUCCUUACAAGUACCCAGACAAAUUACUUAGCUCAGCCAUCGAGCAUGAAUGUCCAAAAGAAUUCGAAGGAGCCACAAGCCCGUUCGAGAAAUUCAAGAUUCUCGAACCGUCAUUUCCACCGUCUGCACCACCGGAACCUCCGCCUCGGAAGUACGGGAUCUUUGUCAGUAGACCGCCUGGGCAACGGAGAACGUCGUCUACAGUUUCAUCUCCAACUCCAUCGCCAAAAAUCGGAUUCAAAUAA